AUGGCAGAUUUUGGAGAGAUCCUGAAGAACAUUGGAGAAUUUGGUUUAUUCCAGCAGAUCACUUUGAUUGCACUUUGCCUUCCAAAUUUCCUGCGGUCUUUUGUCAUGGCAAGCUUUGUAUUUAUUGAGUCAGAUCCAGAUAGACACUGUAACACAGACUGGAUCCUUCGGGCAGACUCUAACCUGACCACAGAUGAGCAGCUGAACCUGACUCUGCCCCGAGAGGAUGACGGGACCUUCAGCAAGUGUCAGAUGUUUGUCCCUGUGAACUGGUCCAUUGGUUCCAUCAGGGAGUACGGACUCAAUGAGACCAGAGGGUGCCAGAAUGGAUGGGUGUACUCCAACAUGCUGUACGAAGCCACCAUAGUUACUGAUUUUGAUCUAGUUUGUGACAGAGCUAACUUGAUGGAAUUGAUACAAGCAAUGUUCAUGGUUGGCGUUGUUUUUGGUUCCCUCAUAUUUGGACCUUUUGCUGAAUCGUUUGGUCGCAAACGAUCAACUCAAAUUUCAGCAGUUAUGUUGUUCAUCUUUGUUGGAGCAGCAGCACUUUGUCCCAAUGUUUACUUGUAUUUAGUGUGCCAGUUCUUUGUUGGAGCAGGAAGUGGAGGAUAUCGAAUCAACUGUGUUGUACUGUCAACUGAGUGGAUUGGGGCAUUGAAAAGAUCAUGGGGAGCAUGUGUGCCUCAGCUUUUUGCUGCAAUGGGACAGUGCGCCCUGGCUGGUGUAAUCUACGCCAUACGUCACUGGAGACUUGCUCAACUUAUCACAGCAGCUAACUAUGCAGUAGUUGUUAUCUACAUAUGGUUUAUACCGGAGUCAGCCAGGUGGUUGUUAAGCAGAGGAAGGACAGAGGAGGCUAAACAGCUGAUUAUCAAGGCAGCAGCCAUCAACAAACGCACUGUUUCAGACUCUCUGUUGGAAAAGGUAUUGAAAAUAAAAAAUAGAGGUUGCAAUUCUAAUGCAAUAAUAUUCAUGUCAAAUUCAAUUGCAAUAAAAGAGCCGGAAAACAAAGGAGGCAUCAAAACUAUUUUCAGAUCACCUCAACUGACCAGAUAUUUUUUCAUUAUAGCAUGGGGAUGUUUUUCAUUGAACCUAACCUUGUUCUCCCUGUACUUGAACAUGAGAAACAUUGGCUUCAACGUCUUCUUGACACAGCUCAUGUUUGGUGCUUUUGAAGUGGCAGCUAAUAUACUCUCCAUGUGGCUAAUGGAGGUUUUUGGGCGAAGAAUUUCACUCAUAUCAACAUUUGUGACGGGAGGACUAUCCAGCAUGUUUAUCCUGGCUGUUCCUCAAGGAUAUGCCAUUGCUGUUACAUCUUUAGCUGUCGCAUCUCGUUUCUUUCUGAUCUGGGCUGCUACUGUAUGUUCCGUUUAUUUGCAGGAGUUGUUUCCAACAUCUGUUAGACAAACAGCAACAGCUUUAGGAGCCAUGUCAGCAAGAAUAGGAGGGGUGAUGUCUCCACUGCUCAACAUGUUGGUCGUGUUCCACUGGUCCAUACCCCCUGCUGUCUUUAGCAGCUUUACGCUGAUCGCUGGAGCGCUCGGCUUCCUGCUCCCUGAGACCAGGAAUAAAGAACUUCCUGAGUCAGCCGAUGAGGUCGAGAACAACAGAAAUGUUACUUCCAGAAGAACAUCCUCCAGUCUCAAUCAAGAAUCAACCAAGAUGUAGACCUGUGUCUGAUGGUUUAUUCUUUAACAGUGUAAUGAAUUUGCUUUAAAAAGUACAGCUUUCAUCAGAUAUAAAAAA